GGGUGGGCGGGAGCGCCGGGCCGGGCGGGCCCGGGGCCGCGGCCAUGGCGCUGCCCGUGCUGUCCAGCUCGGCCGUGAAGUUCCGCCGGGUCCUGGCUCAUUUCCCGCAGGAGCUCAGCCUGGCCUUCGCCUACGGCUCCGGGGUGUUCCGGCAGGCGGGGGCCUCGGCCGAGUACGGCGAGACAAAUAUGCUGGACUUCGUGUUUGCUGUUGAUGACGUUGUGACCUGGCAUAUGAUGAACUUGUUAAAGAACAGGAAUCAUUAUUCCUUCCUUAAAUUUUUUGGGCCCAAAAAGAUAAGUACCAUACAGAGAUAUGGAGCAGGAAUUUACUACAACACCUUAGUGCCAUGCAAUGGCAGGAUGAUAAAAUAUGGAGUAAUUAGCACUGAUGCCCUGAUUGAAGAUUUGUUGCACUGGAAAACUCUCUAUGUGGCUGGGCGCCUCCAAAAGCCGGUGAAAAUCCUGGCCCAGAAUGAGAACAGCAGGCUGCAAGCUGCUCUUGUCAGCAACCUGAAGAGUGCAGUGACAGCAGCCUUCCUCAUGCUGCCAGAGAGCUUCUCUGAAGAGGACCUUUACCUGCAGAUUGCUGGACUCUCCUACUCUGGUGAUUUCAGAAUGAUAAUAGGAGAAGACAAAUUCAAAGUGCAGAACAUAGUGAAACCCAACAUUGCCCAUUUCCAGAAGCUGUACAGUACUAUACUCCAGGACUGCCCUCAAGUGGUGUACAAGCACCAUCUGGGAAGGCUCGAGAUUGAUAAAAGUCCAGAAGGUCAAUUUACACAACUUAUGGCUUUGCCAAAGACUCUGCAACAAAAGAUAACUGCUAUAGUAAACCCUCCUGGAAAGAACAGAGACGUGGAAGAAAUUUUACUGCAAGUUGCCCAUGACCCUGACUGUGGAUUUCUGGUGCAUCAAGGCAUUUCAGGAAUUGUGAGAUCCUCCAGUAUAGUGCAGAGUGCUAAAACCAUCCUGACAGCUGGGGCAAAGAAAUCUGUUAUUUACAGUUUGAAGAAAUUAUUUAAGAUGACAAAGGGAGGGUUAAAGAAGACAUCUUGAGUCUUUACAUACUGUGUAUGGAUGUUGUCACCUCACUGCAGUAGAAGUUGCUCUGUAGGGAAUGCUCGGGGUCGCUGUUCCCAGCCAGCUGAUGCUCCUCAGGCUCCUGAGAUGUUUAAUAAAUACCCUGUUCUAAAACUUCUGCUGGGAGCUGCAACAGCAGCUCCAAAGGAUCAGAAGGUGUUUUGACCUCUCCUUUCUCAAGCUCCUCCUCAGCCCAGGAGCUUUGUCUGGUUAAACAAAGAAACCCUUCCCACCUCUUCCCUCCAGCAGUUAGAAACAGGAGUGGCAGACUUUCUUCUCAGAGAUACACAUUGAAAAGUCUUGUAAUUAGUCUGCAACAAUUAAUUCUUGUGAUAUGUACCAAUAUCUAGUUCAGAUCUUUUCUCAGUGCCUGUGGUUUUGUUUUCCAUAUUUUACCGUGUUUUUCUUGUCCAGUAUCUUGUUUUCUCAAACAAGUUUUACAUUACUGUUUUGACUACUUUUUUCCCAAAUGUUAGUUCAUCAAACUCCUCUUCUUGCUUGCUGGUAAUGAAAAUAAUCUCCAGUAGUAUGUUAAUACAAUAGCAAUUUUAAAAUUAUAUUGUUAUAGGGUUUGCAACAUGUAUAAAACUAGGUUCAUGGUUGUUCUGACA